AUUCAGGACCUUGCAAUCAGGUGCAUUCAGAAAAACAUCAAGAAGAACCGUGGUGUGAAGGGCUGGCCGUGGUGGAAACUCUUCACUACAGUUCAGCCGCUUAUUAAAGUCCAACUCACCGAGGAGCAGAUGAAAAGCAAAGACGAGGAGAUACAGCAGCACAAACUGAAGCUGGAGAGGGUGGAGAAAGAGCGAAAUGAAUUGAGACUGAACACAGAUCGAUUGGAGAGCAGGAUUGCAGAGUUGUUGGCUGAGCUCGCUGACGAGAGGAGCACCAGUGAAUCAGCUUCCCAGUUGCUGGAAACUGAGACUUCAGAGAGACUCCGCCUGGAGAGGGAUAUGAAGGACUUACAGGUUAAGUUUGAUGCCAUGAAAAAACAAAUGGAGUCCCAGGAAAUGGAGCUUAUGGAAGCACGUCUUACAAAAGCAUCAGAGCUCAAUGGGGAGGUGGAUGACGAUGAUUCUGGAGGCGAGUGGCGGAUAAAAUACAAUCGAGCCAUUCGGGAAAUGGACUUCACCAAAAAGAAACUCCAGCAGGAGUUUGAUGACAAGCUGGAGACAGAACAGCAGGGCAAGCGACAAGUUGAGAGAAAGCUGGCUGAUUUGCAGACAGAUAAUGAGGAUCUGCAGCGCUCUUUGCAGCAGCUGAAGAAGAAGUGCCAAAAGCUGACUGCCGAGCUGCAGGACACCAAGCUUCAUCUGGAGGGCCUGCAGAGCCGUAACCACGAUUUGGAGAAAAAACAGAGGAAAUUUGACCUGGAGCAGAGCCAGGCUCAGGAUGAGGUACAAAGAGAAAAGAGCCAGCGGGAGAAACUGGCUCGAGAGAAAGACCUCAUGACCGGUGAGAUAUUUAACCUUCGCCAGCAGCUGCAGGACAAGGACACAGAACUGUGCACCGCCAAUGUGAAAGUUCAGCAACUGGAGGCAGAACUACAGGAUUUGUCCUCCCAGGAGUCCAAGGACGGGGCCUCGCUGGCCAAGUUAAAGAAGCAGCUUCAUGACCUCGAGGCGAAGGUGAAAGAUCAGGAAGAGGAGUUGGAUGAGCAGGCUGGAACGAUCCAAAUGCUGGAACAGGCUAAGCUGAGACUUGAGAUGGAGAUGGAGAGGCAGCGGCAGACCCACUCCAAAGAGAUUGAGAGCAAGGAUGAAGAGGUGGAGGAAAUCAGGCGGUCGUGCAGUAAGAAGCUCAAACAGAUGGAGGUACAGCUGGAGGAGGAGUACGACGACAAACAGAAAGUCUUGCGUGAAAAACGGGAGCUGGAGUCCAAGCUUCUGAUUGCCAAGGACCAGGUUAGCCAAAGGGAUGUGGAGACGGAGAAGAGGCUAAAGAAAGACUUGAAGAGAACAAAAGUCCUUCUGGCUGACGCACAGAUUAUGCUGGACCACCUGAAGAGCAACGCCCCCAGCAGAAGGGAGAUUACCCAGCUCAAAAAUCAACUGGAGGAGUCAGAGUUUACUUGUGCGGCAGCAGUGAAAGCUCGAAAGGGCAUGGAGAUUGAAAUUGAGGAUUUGCAUAUUCAAAUGGAAGAUGUGGUAAAAACCAAGAUGGCGCUGGAGGAGCAGCUCAGCCGUCUACAGAGGGAGAAGAAUGACCUACAGUCCCGCAUGGAGGAGGAUCAGGAAGACAUGAAUGAACUGAUGAAGAAACACAAAGCAGCAGUUGCACAGUCAGCAAGAGACUUGAGCCAGAUCACUGAUCUGCAGGCCCAGCUGGAGGAAGCCACAAAGGAGAAGCAGGAAAUCCAAGAAAAGCUCCAUUCACUUCAGAGCCAGCUAGAGUUCCAAGAACAGUCCAUGGUGGAGAAGUCACUCGUGAGUCGCCAGGAGGCAAAGAUCCGUGAGCUGGAGACUAAGCUAGAAUAUGAGAAGACUCAAAUCAAGCGUUUGGAGAGUUUAGUGGGCCGUCUGAAGGAGAACCUAGAAAAGGUGACUGAGGAAAAAAACCAACGCAUUACAGCUGAAACCAGGGAGAAGGAGCAGAAUAAGCGCAUGCAAAGGCAGAUGAGAGACAUGAAAGAGGAAAUGGCUGAGCUGUCCAAGAAGGAGGGAGAGGCAAGCCGGAAGAAGCAUGAGCUGGAAAUGGACAUUGAGAGCUUAGAAGCAGCAAAUCAGAGCUUACAAGUGGACCUCAAGCUGGCCUUUAAAAGGAUCGGGGACCUGCAGGCAGCCAUCGAGGAUGAGAUGGAGAGCGAUGACAAUGAGGACUUAAUCAACAGUUUGGAAGACAUGGUGACAAAAUAUCAAAAAAGAAAGAACAAAAUUGGAGAGGGGACAGAAACCGAUUCAGAAGUGGAGGAUCGGGUGGAUGGCAUUAAGACGUGGCUCUCAAAGAACAAAGGCUCCAGCAAGACUCUGUCUGAUGAAGGGAGUCUGAAGAGCACCAGAUAUGCAGCAAAUGCAGAUGCCACAGAGAUGAAAGAAGGUAAGGAGAAGAUGAGUGACAGCACCAAAGAUAAAAAGGAAGUGGAGCAGACCAGAUCAGUGUCUGUCAUGAGUUCCCUUAGCUACAGAAAACGCUCCAACUUAAAGGACUCUAUUGGUGGCACAGGAGACGAGAACUCAUUAUUUAGUACUCUCAAAGAACAGCCAAACAUACCGGAUCACGCUGCCUUGCGUAAAGCAAAGUCAAAGACUAGUGAUCUUCAGGAAGACAGAAGAAAAGCUCAGGCAGAGGAUGAUAUGGAUGACAAGGGCUCUGUGAUCUCUAUGGCCUAUUCUGAAGCCACUAGCAGAGCCAGGAAAGGCUUAGAGUCCCGCUGGACAUCCCGCAGCACCCCAGAGUUUGAUAAUGAGUCCAUGGUGUCGUCAGUAGCUCCAAGCAGACUGUCCACAAGGAGGGGGAUGCUGGACAUGGAUGAUGACAAUAAAUCAACCAUCAGCAGCGUCAGUCGUACAAGCCCCCGAUCUCUACGUCGCAGCAGCUCUUGGAAAGAUGAAAAACGAAGCAGCUCUCGUUUGUCCCUUGCCCGCAGCUGUGGCCUCAGUGAGUUUGGUCUACAUGUAAAUGAUAAUGACGAUGAUGCUCACAGUGUGGCCUAUGGAGAUGGUAAACAUUCACCUUAUAGUCCCCGUUCCACUAGUCGAAGCUACUCUACGCCGCCUCAGCCACGCUCCUCAGACAGUAAUCUACUUGAAGCAUCUGACAUUAAACCGGUUACACACAGAAACUAUUUGGACCCCGACCUGGAGGCUGCAAUUAAUGAGGUGCUGAGCUUCAAACCCAUUAAGUUCAAACGUAGCAAACUGGAUGAGACUAGUGGUGAUGAGGAGGAGAAGAAGGGCGAGGACAGGAGAAAGAAGGUGGCAGAUGAAGGCGCGUCAAGCUGGUCCAGUUCUUCUCGCAGUCGUAAGGAUAAAAAAAGUAAGGUCUCGUCUUCGGACUCCUCUUCCUCUUCAUCCUCCUCCUCCUCCUCCUCCUCAGACGGUCGUCACAGCAGAAAGAGCACAAAAGGGAGAAAGGACAAGAAGUCCAAGAAGAAGUCUAAGAAAAAGCUAAGUGAGUCAGAAGAUUCCUCUUCAUCGUCAGAGUCCUCCUCUUCCGAUUCAACAGUCUCCUAUCGAAGUUCUAACAGUGUUAAAAGGGGACCAAAACAACAACAUGAUGAAGAGAAGGAGCGUGCUUCUCAUGGACAAGUAGGCGACAAAAAAAAAUCAAAGAAGAAACAGAAGAAGGUGGAUAGCCUGGUGAUGAAGUACCUCUACAGGCCUGACAGUGACUGAUGCCAAUAAGCCCCCCUGUGUACCGGAGACACAUGAGUCUUGGCAGAUCUGAUGAAGAGGAUGAGGCUGACAGAGACUCCAGCAGGCAGUCCCGGAGGCAAAGCAACAGCGAAGGCUUAUUGAUUGAGAGCUUGUCGUAACCCCUCAG